GCCGCUUUUACUGGUUCUUUAUGUAUCCAAGUCACAGAACCACGUGAACUUUCCAGCAUAUCCACUCCACUUUCUCUCUCUAACACACACACCCCCCGCCCUCUCUCUCUAAAAUACCACUCUGGAAUUUUCACCACCUCGAACAAAUCAGUGCCAGUCGUCUUUCGAUCAUAAAACAUGACAACGAUUUUCUUCUGUCUCUAGUACCUGUUUUCUCUCUCUAAAAGUAAUAUCUGCAGCUGCAACAAUAUGUCAGUGUCGUGCGGGAUGGAGUGUGUGGUGGUGCUGGGCUGCAUGCGGUGGGCGUGGAAGCGCUGCACCCACAUCGGCUCCGACGACAGCGCCACCUGGACUACUGCUACCCUGGAAGAAUUCGAGGCUGUCCCUCGCGUCUGCCGCGUCAUCCUCGCCGUCUACGAGGAGGACCUCCGCAACCCGAAGUUCCCGCCCUCCGGCGGCUACGGCCUCAACCCGGACUGGGUCGUCAAGCGCGUCACCUACGAGCAAACCCUAGGCAACGCACCGCCCUACCUCAUCUACGCCGAUCACGACCACCGCGAGAUCAUUCUCGCAAUCCGUGGCCUCAAUUUGGUCAAUAAAGGGGACUACAAGGUACUACUCGAUAACAAGUUGGGUAUGCAAAUGUUCGAUGGCGGCUACGUACACCACGGGCUAUUGAAAUCGGCGAUCUGGGUGUUGAAUGAGGAAUCGGAGAAUCUGAAGCGAUUGUGGCUCGAAAAUGGGUCGUCGUAUAAGAUGAUUUUUGCCGGACAUUCUUUGGGGUCUGGUGUCGCCGCCUUGUUGACGGUGAUUGUGGUGAACCACGGUGACCUGCUCGGCGGGGUUCCGAGGAGUCAUGUGCGGUGUUAUACAAUUGCGCCUGCGAGGUGCAUGUCGCUCAAUAUAGCUGUGAAGUAUGCCGAUGUUAUACACUCUGUGAUCUUGCAGGAUGAUUUCUUGCCAAGAACACCCACUCCCUUGGAAGAUGUCUUUAAAUCAAUGUUCUGCUUGCCAUGCUUAUUAUUCUUGGUUUGCUUGAGGGACACCUUCAUUCCGGAAGGUAGGAAGCUCAGAGAUCCAAGACGACUAUAUGCACCUGGACGGUUGUAUCAUAUUGUAGAAAGAAAAUUUUGCAGGUGUGGGAGGUAUCCUCCAGAGGUUAGAACUGCUAUCCCUGUUGAUGGAAGAUUUGAACAUAUUGUCUUAUCAUGCAAUGCAACAUCUGAUCAUGCAAUUAUUUGGAUAGAAAGAGAAGCAGAGAAGGCUUUAGAAAGGAUGAGAGAGAGCAGCUCUGAAACCGUAAUGACUGCCCCAAAAAUACCGAAACUAGAGAGGUUGCAGACAAUUGAAAAAGAACAUAGGGAUGCAUUGGAAAGAGCUGUUAGUUUGAACAUUCCUCAUGCUGUGUGCACUGCCGAAGAGUAUUCCUCAGGAAGCAAUGAGGGAUCCUCAAAGCAUACGUUGCUUUCUCAGAAAGAGAGUGAAGAUUCCUCGAACUCCAAAGCUGAGUUAAAUCCGGGUUGUGGAAGUACUAACUGGAAUGAAGUGGUUAAGAAGCUUUUCAAGAAGAACGAGUCAGGAGAACUAUUGAUGAGUAGAGACAUGACUGCCCCCAGAUAAAAAGCACUUCUUUCGUCGUAUUUGUUCUUUUCUUUUAUUUUUUUGGGGUCCCGGGGGUGGUUUCAAUCUUAAAUGUUUGUAAAUGCAUUAGAGGUGAGAUCUCCAAAGUGAUUUUCCCUGUUUGUGUUUUAUACCAAUUUUUUGUAUGCUAGUUUGUGUUUUUGCUGUAAAAAUUUCACUUCUUCUAACAAUUUAGAGAAUCAUUAACCAAUUUGUUUGCACGGA